AUGGGCGAGGACCGCCGCGACGUCCUCGGCGCGCAGCGGAUGCCGGGGCAGAUGCGCUGGGCGCCCGGCACGGGGAGGGUGUGCGACCCGGGCCACCCCCGGGAGCUGUGGAAGAGCGUCUUCGGAGGCGACGACGGGAGGCCCGCGCUGUUGCGGAUGGCGCACGAAGAGCGGGCGGUCGGGGACGGCGGGGAAGCGAGUGUACGCAUGGUGGACGUCGAGGAGAAGGGCUGGAAGGGGCGGAGUGAAGUGCUGGUUGUGGACAAGAACGGGGUGAGGAGGAAACACACCAUUGAGCCCAGGAGGUUGCUCGGGCAGCAGCCGCACUCGAGGCAGGUCAAGAGACACAAACCGGGUUAUUGA